AUGGGGUAAGUGGGUUAAAAUUACGCAGUAAAUGCUCUAAUAUCUCCCAAAAAACAUGGGCUACAUUUUGCACAACAAUUUAUCGCCUGAAUAGCUAAUUUUACUCAAUUUUUAAACUUAGAAGUUACACUGGGAUGGAUAACACGGAAAUUGAAUCGAUUCCAGUAAAAUGACAUGCCCGGCACGGAUAUUACGCUGUAAACUUCCUUGUAAUUACGAAUAGGCAUAAUUAGAUACGGUGGGAGUUCCGGAGGAUACAGAUGUAAUAAAUUAAAAAAAUGUUUUGGCGUCAUCAUGUGUAAUAUAUAUAUGUAAAUUGAUGGUAUAAAUAACUACAGAUAUUUGGUAACCGAUUUUAGAGAUAAGGUGCAGACUUCAACUGCUGUCAGAGGCCGCAGAAAGCUGAACGAAGCCGGAUUGGCUUCGAUCAACAACUUUGCUCAAAAAUAUGCAAAAUUGGGAGCGGAGGGGGCGAUAACGGAGUUCGAAGAACUGGAAAAAGAGGCCGAGACCAUGGAGAAACCUGAAUGUAAGGCCUUCAAGGAGAACUCAUCGAGGAACAGAGACAAAAAGAAUAUUUGUCCGGAUCAAACCCGGUAAGAAAAAACUUUUUUUUGUGGCUAGAAGUUCAAAAAGAUGUCUUUUGUACGUAAAAGUCUUUACAAUUUGUUGAAGCUUAUUAAACUUUUGCUUAUUUUUUCGAGAUUCCCAACGGUUACAUUUGUAAUUUUGCGAAAGUGGCAAUACUUUUAUUUGCCCCGUUUGUAGGCGUCGAAAGCGCAUCAAAGUUUAGUCAUUCUUGGCUGUUGCUAUAUAAAAAACAAGGCAUAAUUUGAUUAUUCAUCCCUGUUCGCUGCGCCUCCUUGAAUAUUUAUAUGUUUGAGAGUCGUCCUGACGUGUAAUGUGCCCCCAGGAACCGAUUAUUACAAUGCCAAUUGGAUCAAGGUCCCCUCUUUGGACCGACCUUUUAUUGCAGCCCAAUCUCCAGUUGAGAGUACUAUCAAUGACUUUUGGAGAAUGGGUAAGGCUGCUUUGUAGGACAAUGGAAUUUAAAUUCCAAAUCUUGGAUCUCACUGUAUUAAAUAUGCCUUUUUAGUCUUCCAGGAAAACUGUUCGACCGUCUUGCUUACCGGUACCCCAAAAGAGAACGACAGUCCAGAUUUUUGGCCACAGAAGGCGGGAGAACAUUGCAAUUACAAGGACAUCUUCGUCAACAAUCGCCGAGUCGAUUCUUACGCUGAUUUUAGUGUCUACAAAUUGGAGUUGUUACCUGAUGCCUGCUCCAAUUCUAUCUUUGUGAACCUUGUUGUGUUCCCUGGAUGGCUGGACAAAGACAGACCAAAAAUGCACACCAUGGCAUUCCUGAGAUGCUGGAAACAAUUCCCUGGCGUCAGUCCAAUUUUCUUUAUUAUUGUAGUUGAUAAAAAAAAGAAAAUAAUAUUUCAUUUCAGGGAAUGCAAGCUUCAGCUCCAAUUGUAGUAGCCAGCAAGCUCGGACGUGGUCGGACUGGCGCCGUUCUUCUUCUCCAUGCCGCCAAUGUUGCUGUUACCAAAGGGCAGGAGAUUUGUGUGAGUUUCUAAUAAGAAAUGAGACUUUUGUUUGAUGAUUUACAUAAUUUGGAUAAUUUUAGCUAAAGACCAUUCUGAAAGAGUUCCGAAAACAACGUCCUGGCCUCGUCGCAACCCCCGAACAAUACUGCUGGGUGAUCAUGAACGUGCUCUGUUAUUAUAGCGCCAAGAUCAUGGACAUCCGCGAUUACGCCUCUGCCUUCCAUGAAUCAUAUGCCAAACUGAAAUAA